ACAAAAGCUGCCUCCGGGAGGUCCCCAGGCAGACGGGCAGACACGCCAGCCCAGGGACGGAAGAGUGGCUGCUAGAACCACACAAGGUUCUUCCAGCCCUGUGACGCCGGGCCGAGAUCGUCCACUCAGGGAAGCAAGGCCGGGUCAGCAUGAACUGGGCGUUCCUGCGGGAUGUGCUCAGCGGGGUCAACAAGUACUCCACGGCGCUGGGCCGCAUCUGGCUGUCGGUGGUCUUCAUCUUCCGCGUGCUGGUCUACGUGGUGGCGGCGGAGGAGGUGUGGGACGACGAGCAGAAGGACUUCGUCUGCAACACCAAGCAGCCGGGCUGCCCCAACGUCUGCUACGACCAGUUCUUCCCCGUGUCCCACGUGCGCCUCUGGGCCCUGCAGCUCAUCCUGGUCACGUGCCCCUCGCUCUUCGUGGUCAUGCACGUGGCCUACCGCCAGGAGCGGGAGCGGAAGCACCGCCGGAAGCACGGGCCGCACGCCCCGUCCCUGUACGACAACCCGGACAAGAAGCGGGGCGGGCUCUGGUGGACCUAUCUGCUGAGCCUCCUCUUCAAGGCGGCCGUGGACGUGGGCUUCCUCUACGUCUUCCACCGCCUCUACGAGGACUACAACAUGCCGCGGGUGGUGGCCUGCUCCGAGUCGCCCUGCCCCCACACCGUGGACUGCUACAUCUCCCGGCCCACCGAGAAGAAGAUCUUCACCUACUUCAUGGUGGCCACCGCCGUCCUCUGCAUCCUCCUCAACCUCUGUGAGGUCUCCUACCUGGUGGGCAAGAGGUGCCUGGAGAUCCUUGGCCCCAGACCCUGGGGGUCUCGGCGCCGGCCUCACCUGCCGGAGACGUGUCCACCGUAUGCCCUCUCCCCCGGGGAGCACCCCCAAGAUGGGAACUCUGUCCUAAUGAAGGCUGAAAUGACCACGGUUGAUGCAGGUGGGUUUCCAUAACCAGUGAGGUCGGCAGCUGAGACCACCAGAGCCUCUGCCUGCUCCGGAAAGCCACCACAGGGCAGGUGCGGAAGGCAGAUGUGGAGCUCCAGACACCCACCCAGGGACCAAUGCUAGGAAGCAGUUUGGUCUCUGGGUCCUGAGCCCUGGGGGAGGCAGGUUGAUGGCUGAUGGGGAGUUUUGUAUA